AUGAGCGCCAUGCUCGAGCAGCGAUACUUUUUGAAGAAAUGGCUUCAUACAUACGCUUCGGUGCUGCAAACCGGGACGCUGAGCAAGGAUGACUGCUACGCGGUCACCGUGAAGUUUGAAUGUUCUCCUCGUGUCGUCAAGGACCGCUUUGACAAACGAGGCUCGCCGCGCAAGAAGAGGGGCCGUCCGCGCCCCAACAUCGGCGAGCUAGCGGACAAGCUCACCGAGGCUACGGCCGGCAAUCCCGUCAUCCUAAGAAUCAAUCAGAGCGUCGCUGUCCGACCCGGCGGCGCUCGGCUAGUCGAGUGCAACUUCGCGGAUAUCGCUCACACGGUGAAGAUGAAACCCCGUACGUACCGCCGAUACCACGACGAGGUCAUGCUGGAGCUGAUGCUGCGCAACGCGCCCGCCAAAGGCACUUGGGGCCGCACGAUAGCGCGGCGCAUCGUGGCCGCCAAGGACAAGCGCAGUCUUCGAAUUGUCAUAUACGCGGAUAAAAAGACGAUGUGGAACGAGGAUUGCCACGACGUGUACGCGUACUUACUGGAGAACAACGUCGAAGUCUACGUCUCUCUCGAUUCUGCGAUGGAGCACUCAAAGAUGUGGAUUUUGGAUGGUCGCAUCAUAAUCGAGGGCUCCUUCAACAUCUCGGUCGCAGCUCUAGGUGUUAAGGAGGAUCGAAAGCCCAAGAUGUUACGAUCCAGCUACUCUGCCAACCACUCGAACUACUUCAACACCUGUCUCCUGCUGUCCUCCUCCCACGUCCUCGUCGCUCCUUCCUUCGCCUUCUUCCAGGGCGGUGUCCGCACUUUCGCUCCUGCGACGCCUCCUCCGAUGCACCAACGCACCACCGCGCGCGCCAACGGCUGCAACCGGAGGCGAUUCAUAACACAAGAACAACGAGAGCUGCACGGUAACCACCGAUAG